UUAGUUUCAGCUCUCAGCUGAGUUAAUAGGUUCUGAAUACGAAACGGACAUUGGCAAAUAAACAACAACAAGGUUUAAAUGGCCGCGUUAGCAAUAAAACUGUUCUUGAAUCCAUGGAUGCUGUGUACAACAAUUAUUACGAUCGCAAGUGCUAAUGAAUGUGCUCUUAACAGUGAAUGCGUACCAAUAGCCGAUUGUCCGCUUAUUCGAGAUAAUUUCAAUUUAAUCAAAAGAAAGCCCUACUGCAAUUUGGAUCGUCUUGGUGCACACGUAUGCUGUAGGAAAUCAUCACCAAAACCAAAAAUUGUCGAUUUGAGUAUUGUGAGAGAGUGCAGAUUCUACGACACUCUACCAAAUAUACAAAAUCCAGCAGAAGAGGGAUGUCAAUAUAUCCGCAAUAGCAAUUUGUCUGCAUCUAACAUAGUUGGUCGCAUAAAAGCCGAACCUAGAGAGUUUCCUUUUAUUGCGUUGAUAUACGCGGUAGAAGGUAGCAGAGCUGGUCAAUUUUGUAGCGGUACUUUGAUUAGUAAAAAAUAUGUUUUGACAUCCGCUUUUUGUGCCCUCAGCGGUCGUAUUCGGCCAAGCCGAGUGCGUUUAGGCGAAUUGGAUUACAGCACUAAUACUGAUGACGCUGUGAUACAAGAUUAUGAAAUCAAAAACAUUAUACCCCAUCAUGAAUAUCGCUCCACAACACUAAAUAAAUACAACAAUAUUGCUUUGAUUGAGAUGGCAAACGAGGCCUUCUUUAACGAUUACGUACGUCCUGCUUGUCUAUCUCUAAUAGAUGAUAAUAAUUUUCGCCAAUUUGUGACUGCCGGCUGGGGCUAUCCUCCAUCACAACCGUCAGGCCAUUUACAUAAAGUGAAAUUGGAUCGUCUCGAUGAUGAGAAAUGUUUCGGAAAAGUGAAACGCUCUCAUUUGGAAAAAGGAAUUAACAAUCGUACAAAUAUGUGUGCGAUCGGUGCUUGUGAUGCCGGUGGCGGUAGUCCACUUUUUGUUAAUCAUCCCGACUUUCCCUGUCAAUUUCUGUUAGUAGGUAUUAUGUCGUUCGCUCACGAGAUUUGCGGAAGUAUCAAUGAUCCAACUGUUUACACCAAACUCAAAUUAUAUGUCGAAUGGAUACAACGCAUUGUUUGGAAGUGAAUG